AAAGGCAUCUAUCUUCACAGAAGAUGGACAAAACACCACAAGCUUUAUCUAAAACAAAAUAAACAAAUAAAAAAGUGGUUUUUAACGAUCAACGUACAAAAAAGAGAGUGACUUGACUAAGAAAACACUGCAAGAAUCUUACACUUACAAUUUUAAUGUAAUAUAAAUUAAUCAUCCACGACUAUCACAGAUUAUUCUUGUUUCUAAACAAGUACCAAUAUUUUGUCAAAAGAUAACUCGCUUCUUCCGUUUCUUUAUUUUGUUUCAAAUUUGCAUGUGUGAGAAUAAUCCAACUUCCAGGAAUCUCUCUAAUGGCAGUAAACAAAGAAGGCGGGAUUUUUUUGUUGAACAGAUCUGAUAUAUAAAGAAUGUUUACAGGGGAGCAUGUAUAAUCACCUCUCCAGUUCAACGGCAAGGUAGAAACAAAGGAAAGCAAAAGAUUGUCAUCACGCACUUGAAGUUUUUCUUUUCUUGAUCUGAUUCAGUAAAAGUAGGGUGUGACAGGGCUAGUUUCUCGUAUGGGGUACAUGGGAGAUUAUAGCAUGUGUAUCUGCUUCCCUAAGAAGUUUGGGGUCACCGAGGCGGGGCCACCGGUUGAUGUGAAGGAGGUUUUCAUGAAGUACGCCACCGGAGGUGGCUCCGGCAUGACGGUGGAACAGCUGAGACGGUUCUUGGUGGAGGUUCAAGGUGAUGUUGAAGCUUCCAUGGAAGAUGCUGAAAGGAUUGUGGAGGAAGUGUUUAAAAGGAGGCAUAACAAUGUAAAGUUACCAGAGCUGGCUUUAAGUCUAGAAGAUUUUCAGUUUUAUUUAUUCUGUGUGGAUCUCAAUCCUCCUCUACUUAAUAAGGUUCAUCAAGACAUGACAGCUCCACUUUCCCACUACUUCAUAUACACUGGUCACAAUUCAUAUUUGACUGGAAAUCAAAUCAGCAGUGAUUGCAGCGAUGUUCCAAUCAUAAAGGCCCUCAAGAGAGGUUUAAGAGUAGUGGAACUCGAUUUAUGGCCAAAUUCUUCGAAAGACGAUGUUCUUGUUCUUCAUGGAUGGACUUUGACAACUCCAGUGGAGCUGAUUAAAUGCUUGAGAUCCAUUAAAGAGCAUGCUUUUUCUGCAUCUCCAUACCCAGUGAUAAUUACUUUCGAAGACCACCUUACCCCAGAUCUUCAAGCUAAAGUUGCUCAGAUGGUGAUCCAAACAUUUGGGAACAUGUUGUUUUGUCCUCCUGAAUCUGAUUGUGUGAAAGAAUUCCCUUCCCCGGAAGAACUGAAAUAUCGAAUUGUCAUAUCAACUAAACCUCCAAAAGAAUACCUUGAAGACAAAAACUUAUCAAGCAGAGGAAGUAACUCUCUCAAAGACAAAGAUUCUGAUGAAGAUACGUGGGGGAGAAUGUCAGCAGACCUCACCAAUGAUGACGAUAAGAGUGACUGUGAUGCAAGUGAACAUAGUCAAUGUGACGGUGACAACGAAGCUUGUGAUCAGCUAUUGCGGCCGUUGGGAGCACCGGCUUACAAGAAUCUGAUCUCCAUUCCAGCUGGAAAGCCUAAGGGAAAGCUGAGGGAGAAACUAAAAGUUGAGAAAGAUAAAGUUAGACGCCUUAGUUUGAGUGAACAAAAGUUUGAAAAGGCUACUGUCUGCCAUGGAACAGACGUCGUAAGGUUCACACAAAGGAACAUUUUGAGGAUAUAUCCUAAGGGUACUCGGGUUAACUCCUCAAACUACAAUCCUUUAAUUGGUUGGAUGCAUGGGGCUCAAAUGGUUGCAUUGAACAUGCAGGGAUAUGGAAAGCCUCUGUGGUUGAUGCAUGGGAUGUUUGGAUCCAAUGGAGGGUGUGGCUAUGUGAAAAAGCCAGACUUUCUGAUGAACGUGGGUCCAAAUGAUCAGGUUUUUGAUGCCAAAGCAAAGCUGCCAGUGAAGAAAAUUUUAAAAGUUAAAGUACACAUGGGAGAUGGAUGGCAUUUAGAUUUCAAACAAAGGUACCUCAAUCUUUGGUCUUCACCAGAAUUCUAUACCAGGGUUGGUAUAGCAGGUGUUCCAGCAGACAAGACAAUGAAGAAAACAAAGAAAAGAAAAGGCAAUUGGACCCGAGUGUGGGAUGAAGAGUUCACGUUCCAAUUGACAGUUCCGGAAAUAGCUUUACUUAGAAUCGAAGUUCACGAAUAUAACAUGUCUGAGAAAGAUGAUUUCGCUGGCCAGACAUGUCUGCCGGUGUCCGAAUUAAGACCAGGCUUCAGGGCUGUGCCUCUGUUUAACCGCAAAGGAGAGGAGUACACUUCACUUAGGCUGCUUCUACGCUUUGAGUUUGUCCAAGUAGAUAUUUAGUCUUUACGUGGGACUGUACUUCCCCACACUCGGGGAUAUGUUUAUGCAAAUGCAUUAGAUAGUCCCACAACAUAUAUACCAGUCUUCCGAAACAAGAACACACCAAAUUUCAAUUUUGGAUCCUGGGGAUGAAAUCAAUUGAACGUUUAGCAA